AUGGUACCGCUCCAGCUCUCCUCGCACAGAAUUCCCGCUGAUGCCCUGUCUCCGCAGCAAGUCGGUCUUGACUCAAUUACGCUCGGCCAGCUCAAGGCCAUGGUCGGCUCUGCACCAAAGCCCAAGCAAUCAUUCUAUGAUUUCCGAUAUUAUGACGAGGACACCGUAAUGAACGAGAUUGAGGAGUUUUAUUCGUAUGCCGAGCUGCCCCAGGUCGCUGAGAACCUCAGGGCCUGGGAUGGCUCCUACCCUGGAGAAUGGACCACCAGCCCGAUCGCACAGCGCAAAGCCCAUGUCGAAGUUCUCCUCGAAAGUUUGGAGCACCGCGACGCCGAGAUCCGGUUCACAAACGCCCGCCGUCUGUUCUAUAUCCUCCAAGGUCAGUCUCAUUGUGCCCUGCACCUUCGCGGAGACGACCUCGCCCGAGAUCAGCUCCACUGGAUAAUCGAGAACUGCAAAAUCGUCAAAGACGCGAAUGGCCUCAGUAACAUCAUCGAGGCCAUCAAGAUUGCGAGCUCAAAACAUGACCUACUAUGUAGUUUAUCGGAUGCGGAUGCCGCACAUUUCAACAUCUCGUCACAGGAGAAGGCGGAUUUCAUGGAAGAAGUGACUACGGAAUUAUCCGUGUACCUAGGCAUGUUAUAUCACAUGGUCGAGGUAUUCAAAACACAGGAUGACUUUGCGGACGAGCUGAUGAGCUUGGAGCCACCUUUGCCCGUUUAUCUGUUCAACAUUGUAUCGGGCCUAAGAGACAAAAGCGCCAAGGGGUAUCCUGUGAAGAAACUGCUGCUCAUCCUCUGGAAAACACUCCUCACGUGCUGUGGCGGCCUCCGUGAGCUUGCGAAUGUGAAGCGGCUGACUCGAGAGCUCGCGGGUCUCUCGCCAGUGGCUGACGAAGCCGCUCCAAUCAAGGCGUCACCCAUUGACCUGGAGAUGUUCCGUCAGGAAAUCUCCAUGAAGUACCCCACCUUCAACCCGAACGCUGUGAAGGUCCCCGCCGCCGUGCCUGUGGACACCUCCAAACUCUCCCAUGCGUACGCGCCUAUCCCGGUCCGUCACCACUAUGAGCACGAUGGUGGUGACUCGCAGCACCAGGAUCAAACGCACAGCGGCAUGCAACACUACGGCGGAUCGCAGCCAGGCUCCUCGUUCCGUGCCAUGCCGCAGCCUGCUACGCCUGCGCCUUCGCCCCCUCCGUCCCCCAAGCCCAAGAAGCAACAGUUCCAGACAGACCAGAGCCGGCCGUUCUUGUUCCCGUUCUCGCGGAGUCGCAUCGGCUACAAUGACUCUCGCCUCGUCCCAUUCGCCAUCGACGAGGCGGAUAAGCUCUACUCCAAACACAUGUACGUCAGUCUCUCCCUCUGGCAGAUGUGGCGGACCCGCGAGGAGUGCAUGACGGUCGAGAGCGGCCUCGAAUACCUCCCGGGCGCCGGGCGCCCCUCCGAACCUAAGAUCCCUGCUAUCUCGCCGUCGCAAGACGAAGAUGCCGCCGAGAAACUGCCCGACGUCGCGCUAUUAGAUAUCAAGAUAGUGGAGGCGGAAAAGAUGAUCGCGGAAGGCGAAACGGGCGCGGACAAACGCCGCGCGAUGGAACGCCGAGAGGCCCUGGUACGCCUGAAGAGAGUUGAGCAGAUCUAUGUGAGCUUCGCUUCCAAUUUGGGUUCGGCCACAACGCCCAUUCCUCCGCCAGGGAGCCGUCCUCCCCGUUCUUCGGGAUGGGUGCUCGUUCUGCUCAAGCUUCUUUUGGCAACUGUUUCGACGGCGAACAAUGGUGCCCCGCCUCCUGCGGCCGCAGGCUUCCCCCCGGGAGUAGUUUCACUUCUGAUAAGGCGCGCAGCGCUGGAGCAGAUGCCACCCAAGCCCGCUACUCUCGAUGAAACCGAUGUCACGAGGCACCGUGAAGUGACCUCCAAGGCGCUUCUGCUGGACACCAACUGCCUCCUGCUCAUUCUGAAAAUAUUCGGCCUUCAGGAGGUCUCUACGGCUAUUGUCUCCAAGGCUGACAGCCCCGAGCACAACUUCUUCCGCUACUGUCAAACGCGGUUUGCGCGGCGGACCGAGUCCGGCGUUGGUAUAGACGAUCACAUGCAGCGCGCGUCUCGCCAGACGAUUGUGCGGACGACCACCCUUCCCAAUGGGCAGAAGCACGAUGAGGAGGUCGACAUGCUAACCGACUUCUCCUGGCGCAAUUUCUUCUCCACCAUCAACUUCGCGAAAAUUAUGCAGAAGCUGUCGAAGCACCGCUCACAUCGCAUACGAAUGCUCGUGCAGUACAAGAGCUCAGCGGUGUUGAAGCGGAUACUGAAGGUGCAGCACCCCUUGCUGCAGCUGCAUGUCCUGAAGCUCAUCAAGAGCCAAGUCCCCUUCUGUGGGCGGAAGUGGCGGCAAUCGAACAUGCAGGUCAUCACGGCAAUCUAUCUGAAUUGCAGGCCCGACCUCCGAGACGAGUGGUUGACGGGCAUUGAGGUCGACGACGUGUACGACGCGCAGGCGCAAGAACAAGCUUUACGCCAUCUCGUGAAGUUCUACAACAACAAGCGGUACGGCGUACAGGCGACUGUGCAAACCGGGGGCGCGCACCGCCGCGCGGCGAGCAUGUCCCACCACCUUGAGGGCCUCCACCCCGGCCCGGAGUUGUCAGGCAUGCUCCGCCCAGUGCAGACGCCAAACACGGUCGACGCGGACGUAUUCCCGCCGCUGCGCGCGAACACGGCCGAGCCGUCCAUCUUCCUGCCGUACGUGACGGAGGACAUCGCGUUCGAGGAGGAGUACGAGGAGUACCUCCGCUGGUCUGAGGAGACCGCCGGCGACGGCGCGGGCGCGAGCGCGUGGGCGCGCCUCCCCGACCUCGUGCACGACAUCGCGGACAACAUUUCGGACAGCGAGAGCAUCGCGAGCAUCGGCGAGCUCAACGAGGAGGCGCGCCUGCUCGAGUCUGGCGGCGAGAAGCGCGACGGCCCGGACGAGAACGUCAACAACUGGGAGCACAUGAGCCCGAAGACGAUGGCUGCGCUUGCGAAGUCGCCCUCUGCGCACGGACGCCGGUCUAGCUCUGGCAGCGGCGGUUUGCGGCCCGUGAUGCCGUUCGAGCUCGAGAGCGGCCCCGCCAUCGAGGACGACGAUGACGACGAGGAAGAGCUCGGGCCGAUGCCGCGUGAACCUGGAGCGUUCCAGUCUGGCGGAGGCGUUGAUGAAGUGGAGUAUGCGUAUGGGGUAAAACGUCGCAACUUGUUGACCUCAUACGGGCUCAGCAGCGGGCGCGCGAACGCGUACCCCCAGUCGAUCGACAGCCGCGGGCACGACGUCUGCACGAACGCUGCCAGGUGCGGCCCGAAGAGCGCGAGCUUCGCCGGCGCGAGCUCAGAAAGGAGGAUGGGGACGUAA